AUGGACCAGCCCAGCGGAAGGAGUUUCAUGCAAGUUCUUUGUGAAAAAUACAGCCCCGAGAACUUCCCAUAUCGUCGUGGACCUGGUAUGGGGGUGCAUGUCCCAGCAACUCCGCAGGGUUCACCUAUGAAAGAUCGCCUCAACCUUCCGAGCGUACUAGUACUGAACAGCUGUGGCAUAACCUGUGCAGGGGAUGAGAAUGAAAUCGCCGCCUUCUGUGCUCAUGUGUCUGAGCUAGAUCUUUCUGACAAUAAACUGGAAGACUGGCAUGAGGUCAGUAAAAUUGUGUCCAACGUUCCUCACUUGGAGUUUCUAAACUUGAGUUCCAACCCUCUCAGUUUGUCCGUUUUAGAGAGAAGGUGUGCUGGGUCUUUCGCUGGUGUUCGCAAACUUGUGCUCAACAACAGCAAAGCUUCCUGGGAAACAGUCCACACAAUCCUGCAGGAAUUACCAGACUUGGAGGAGCUUUUCCUGUGCCUUAACGACUAUGAAACGGUGUCUUGUUCUCCAGUUUGCUGUCAGUCUCUCAAAUUACUCCACAUAACUGACAAUAAUCUUCAAGACUGGACUGAAAUUCGAAAAUUAGGAAUUAUGUUUCCAUCACUGGACACGCUUAUUCUGGCUAACAACAACCUCACGACCAUCGAAGAGUCAGAAGAUUCCCUAGCAAGGCUGUUCCCCAACCUGCGGUCCAUCAAUUUGCACAAGUCAGGUGAGAGCUUGGAAGCAGUAUGCUUUUUGUUCUCAGCAUAA